GUGCGCUCCUAACAUCACAAUACGGGAGAGGGAGGAGAGAGAGCUGUUUACAUUGUGAACCAGACCUCACAUUCACAGGCAUCCAGCUGCACCACCGGGACAACAGCUGUCUCUCUUUACAGCCAGUUUGUGUCCGUGAAACCGUUCCAAAUUUACGCUUUACGCACAGUCAUGAUUUUGACGCACAGGUGAACUUCUCUCUCCUCAACGCGCCUCGACCAGAACUCCUCAAGGAAAAGUGUUGGAAGACUUAAAGAAGACCCAUCUCGCCCAUCCCACAGUCUUUUUUUUUAUUGUUUAAAUCUUAAUAGCUCGGAGCUUAACAGGUGACCAGAGCCAUGUCCAGGAAGAAGGCAGUGAAAGGCAAAGGGAGCUCCAAGAGCCCCAAGGCGUCGCCGAGCAGCGGCAGAGACGGCGGGAGGACGGGGAAAGGUCUGGCCGCCGCUGCCGCUCCGUCCUCCGGACUGGUUUAUCCCAGCAGGCCGUCCCUCAGCAACAGCGGGGAGUUCUAUGACAUCUCCUUCAAGGUGAUGCUGGUCGGGGAUUCAGGCGUUGGGAAGACCUGUCUGCUGGUUCGCUUCAAAGAUGGAGCCUUUCUAGCUGGGAGCUUCAUCUCCACUGUGGGCAUUGACUUUAGGAAUAAAGUAAUGAGCAUCGACGCUGUAAAGGUGAAACUGCAGAUCUGGGACACUGCUGGACAGGAGCGUUUCCGGAGCGUCACACACGCUUACUACCGCGAUGCUAAUGCUCUCCUCCUUCUCUAUGACGUCACGAACAAAGCAUCCUUCGACAACAUUCGGGCAUGGUUGACAGAGAUCCAUGAGUACGCCCAGCAAGACGUGGUCGUCAUGCUGCUGGGCAACAAGGCUGACUCCACACAUGACAGGGUGGUGAAGCGAGAGGAGGGAGAGAAACUGGCGAAGGAGUUUGGAGUGCCCUUCAUGGAGACGAGUGCUAAAUCUGGACUGAAUGUGGAGCUGGCCUUCACUGCAGUGGCCAAAGAACUGAAGCACAGGACCAUGAAGGAGCCUGAUGAGCCAAAGUUUCAGCUGAAGGAGUACGUCGACAAAGAAAUGAGGACUGCUGGCUGCUGCCGCUCGUAGACCACAUCCUAUGUGUGUGUGUGCACAUGAGUGUAUUUGACAGACAGAGAGAGAACAGGUACAUUCUAUUAGAGUAGUAAUAAAUCUGAGUCGGUGUGUCUGGGAAAUCUCAUGAAAUUCUCAGUGUUUGUAAUACAGUGGUGAUAUGGCCAAUAUGCUCUCUCUCUUAACCCACCUUUCCUCUGCAACUGUGAAUGUAAUAUAACUCCUAUCUACAUGCUUGCAUAUACACAUGCAUGUACACUCACCAAUACACACACACACACACACACACACACACACACACACACACACACACACACACACACAGCUAUGUUUGUAAAUUUACCUCACAGCCCGUUCCAUCCAUUUUACCAGUGAAAAAGUGUGAUGUACAUAUUUAAACUGUCAUUUUAAUUUUGUGCUCUGAAAGCUUUGUAGUUUGUAAAUGCCCGUCUUGUUGAAAACAAAAGAACACAGACACAAAUAUGUUGAAUAUUAAAUCAAUCAAUCUUGUUAAAGUAACAGAAAUAAAUAGUUUAUGAACACAUUUGUACAGAUACACUACUGCACCUAAUGUAAGCUGUCAAAUGGCACUGUGUGCUGUUUAUGUACAGGACAUCAUAUGAUAACCUUUUUUAAUACUUCUACUUGUGAUCAUGACUAUCAUUAUACUGAUGUCUGUGAAAUUUAAUUUGAGCUCUUUACUUUUUCUACACAGAUUGAGUUUAAAGCUCCUACAUGAAGCAUUUUAACUUUAAGAAAUCUCCCUCAGUAAUUACUAGACCAUAUUAAAUGUAAAAAACAAGAUCAUCAGCAAAAAAACUGACCUCUACUCUGUGUUUUACGGGUUUGGGGAUAAAUCUGUAUGUAUGGCACAAAAAAGGAAGUGGGCACCAAUCCUUCCUCACAAAUCACUUGACUAGCACUCAAUCCGUUUGAGAAAGGGAAAGAAAUAUAUAAGAAACACGGACAAAUAACAUUAUCUGUUUUGUGACACAAAGCAAGACGUUUCUUGUGAAAUCUGGUCUUAACCUGGAUUAAAAAAAGUUCAAGUUAAGUUAAAUAUUGAAUGUGAAAGUUAAUGCUUGACCUUGGAAACAGAGGUCAAGAGGUCGAAACUAGGGUGGAAAACCUAUGGUAGUACUGGAGUUUUCCACUACAUCUCACUCUCUUCAUCAGCACAUGGAGAAAAAUGGCUCACCUUUACCAAGAUUUAACAAUAUUUAUUUAUUUAUUUAUUUAACAUUCAAUAGAUCUACUCCAUCCUCGGAUGAAGACCACAAGAUAUGGUAGAAAGCUCCUGAUUAAGGUAUUAAGUGACUUUUUAUGUUAUAACGUUAAGUUGAAUAUGGCUGGUGUGACGUGUGACGAAACUGCUACACCAAACAUCUUUCAUCUCCACUUUUCCAGGCUUAAUUUAAAUGCAUAAAAUAUUCAAACAACAUAAAACAACCUGCAACAGCUACAAUAAUCAUGAAUACAGCCGAUAUGCAAAUAGCCAGUCUUGUACUUUUCAGUCAAGAUUCUUAAAUUCCGAAAACUGAAGCUCAAAGAAGUGUGGAGAAAAAUUUAGAAGAAGGUUUGGCCGAACUUAUAUUUCACUUGUUUUUUCCUCCAGAGAUUUUGUAGUUCCUGUUGUUCCAUAGAGAUGUAGCCAUUGUUAUUGGACCUUUGUUGAACCAACGCUAUGGCUCCAGUCCCAAGAGAAGCUAAAGGGAAUGGUAAUUAGAAGUUGGUAUUGGGUGAAGGGAUGCUGCUAUUGUGCGUUGGCUUUAAGGAGGAGCUGUCUGCAGUAGAAUCGCUGGAAAAAUGCAUGAUUCCAGUGGAAACUAGGCUUUUUUUUAAAAGUAACUUGUCACAGACAUUUUUUUGUGAGAUGUUUUAUCAAAGAGGGUAUUAUACUGCUCUCUGCUUAAGUUAAAUCAUACUAUAAAUUCUACCAUGAAAUGCCAUAAAUACAUGUUAGAUUUGCUUUCAUUAAAUGAUUACACUGACUCUUGAUAUACAGAUUUUACAAUAGAUCACAGAUUUACAUCAAUUUAUUGUUAACCUGUAAUCUGUAUAUUGUAUCUUAACUAAAAUGAUUUGAAUUGUAUCAAUCUUCAGUGUUCACAAUAAAGAAUCGAUCAACUGAA